AUGGCCCAUGGGGGUUCAUCUCCUACGAUAGUCGCUUCUUUUCAGGGUGUCCCAGCGGCUCAACAGCUGACCGCUUCAGUUACUAGUAUCCGCCCACAACCAGGCGUUGGAGUCACGACUGUUGGUGGAGGGGUGAGGGACUCAGGCGAGGAGAUGAUCUUGAAGAGGACGGUGUACGUAUCGGGACUGGCGAACCAAGUUACAUUAGAGGAAGUACAGGGAAUGUUCGGCCAUUUUGGGGAGAUCAAGGAAUCUUCCAUAGACGUGUCACCCUAUGACCAAUGCCAGUUUGCAUUGGUAGAGUUCCAGAAUGAGGCCGCGGCCCAGGAGGCGAUUCGAGUGGGCGAGAUACCAUAUCGUGGCCGAGUUGUUCGGGUGGAGAAGUCGAAGGAGACCGUGAAGCUGUACCCUCCUACUGAUGUUGUUUUCGGCAAGCCUAUGACCAUUGGCCGACAUGUUACCCCAUUACUCCCCGGGAACCCUGGGUCUCAGAUAUCAGGGGCUAUGAGGACGAGGCGGGAUGAGAUCAUCGACUUGGUAGGAGAGGCGGCCAUGCAGAUUGAGGAUUGGCUAGAGUCUCGAGG